UUACCCUAGCAACGGGGUGCUCGCUGUGUUUUUUUUUACUGGUGAAGAACAAGAACUCGGAUAGCUAGCAUCCCCCCGAUCUCUAUCUUUUGAGAUUUUGGAACUUUUAACGUUUGGGAAAAGUGUUGAUAAACAACCUUAACUUAACAACGACAGUCGUGCGUAUUGGGUGUUAGCAACCUGUUUUCACCACAGGACCGUUUUUCUGUUGAGUUGUUAGGAACGCAAGAAAAAUGGCAGAGGGAGCACUGAACAACCAAAGGGAGCACACAGCGAUCUGCUUCAAGGCCUUUAUGCUCAAGAAUAGUACAAAAAGCAACCUCAACCUCUAUGACCAUCUUUCACGAUUACUGACCAAGGUGAUGGAUGAGCGUCCAGAAAAUGUGGUUGACAUAAUUGAAGACAUGAGCCGUGAGGUGAAGCAGGAAUUUCUGCAGGACAAGCAGAGCACCUUGAGAGACAUGCCACUGGCAACGGCUGCACAGCUCCUGGCUGAGCAGCAGAGGUUACUGUUUUCACGGAGAGGGGGUGAUGAUGGAGAACAAGAGGAGGAACUGGUAGAAACACCGCUUCCCAAUGUGAGUGAGCUUGGCUUCUUCCUCGAGCAGGCUGGAGUGGGACUGGGUAGAGAGGAGAUGCUGAUGGUCUUCCUGGCACUCAAGCAGCUGGUGGAUUCCCAACCGCUAGUGCGCUGCCGACUUUGGGGCAAAAUCCUGGGCACAGGGGGCAACUAUCUUGUUGCUGAGUGCGAGUACAGAGAGGGGGAGGAGGAGGAAGAGGGUAAUGAGGAAACAGUGGAAGAUGAGGAAAGAGAUGGAGAACCUCGGGAUGAUGAUGAGGAAGCUGAUGUGGUGGAAGUGAUUGAUACGCUCCCAAGAUCCACCUUCAAGCCCCCGCCUGUGGUGCCAAAGGAGGACAAUCGCACAGGUGUGAACAAGUUUACUUACUUUGUGUGCAGAGAGCCUGGCCUUCCCUGGGUGAAGCUGCCCACUGUCACUCCCACCCAGAUCACAGCUGCACGCCACAUCCGCAAAUUCUUCACAGGGAGACUGGAUGCCCCCAUCAUCAGCUAUCCUCCUUUUCCUGGCAAUGAGGCCAACUAUUUGCGAGCCCAAAUUGCUCGCAUCUCUGCCGGCACACAGGUCAGUCCCCUCGGGUUCUAUCAGUUUGCAGAGGAGGAAGGUGAGGAGGAAGAGGAGGGAGCCCGAGACAGCUUUGAAGAGAAUUCUGACUUUGAGGGAAUUCCUGUUCCUGAAAUGGCAGAAUCUCUAUCCACCUGGGUGCAUCAUGUCCAGCACAUCCUUCAACAGGGUCGCUGUGUGUGGGUGAACCUGGCUGACAAGCCUGAGGAUGACUUUGAGGAGGAAGGAGAUGAAGAGGAGAAGGAGGAGGAGCCUGAUGAGCCUGAUCCAGAGGUGGGGCCUCCCCUCCUCACUCCACUCUCUGAGGAUGCAGAGACUACCAACACCCCUCCCUGGAGCUCCAAGAUGUCCUCCACCCUCAUCUCUCAGUUUGCUCUUGCAGUGCUGCGCUCAAACCUCUGGCCGGGGGCUUAUACUUAUGCCAGUGGAAAGAAGUUUGAGAACAUCUACAUUGGUUGGGGCCUGAAAUUUGUAGGGGAAGGGUACAUCCCAACUGUUCCAACAAUGCCCCAGAGAGAAUACCCCAGUGGGCCAGAGAUCACAGAGUCCCUGGACCCCAGUCUGGAGGAAGAGCAAGCCCUGAAAGCAACCCUGGAGGAGCAGAGGGCUGCCCAAGAAGAGACAGAGGCCUUGGGUGAAGAUGAAGAGGAGGAGGAAGAAGAGGAUGAUUAAAGAUGACUUUGUUGUUAACAAACACUACAUUACAAAAUAGGCAACAUUUACUGUUGACUAAAGCCUGAGGGCUCUGUUCAAUCUGCGUCGCAGAAGUUCAGCUUUACAGCGUGAUUGAAAUUUAAAGGCAAUGUUCCGGCUUUAGCUGAGACUGCAUUCAUGGUAAACGUAUGUCGGCUCAAAAUUACCUUUACAUUUCUACUGCGGAAUCUGUAACGCUUCAGCGAUAGAUUAAAUAGAGCCCCUAAUUUAUUAAGAACAAAUAAAACAAUUCGUACAGCAAUGUCCACUGAGAGAA